ACACACACACACACACUCACUGCUGGUUCAAAGCUCACUUCAUCGCCUUCUAAGCAGUAGUCUUUUAGUUUUAUUGCUGUGUGCUUAAUAUUAAUACUUCGACACACAUUGCAUGCUCUAAGAAAGGAGUGUUUCAGAAACCCUGAGGAAACUUUAUACAGGCUGCGACUCGUUCCAGAGAGGAAGUACAAAUUGACUUGAGCUCAUUUGCACUAGAAUUCUCCUGUUACCUGGUGGCCUUCACUUUGAGUAUAUAAUGGGAUCUUUUCGCCGUCCUCGCUUUAUGAGCUCACCAGUGCUGUCAGACCUGGCCCGCUUUCACGCCAGUUCACCAUCUCUACAACUCUCCAAUGCAAGUAUCUGGAAUAGUGUCCAAUCUGCGGUCAUCAAAGUAUUCCAAGGAGGAGGGCUACAGACCAAUGAGCUGUACAGCCUGAAUGAAAGCAUCAGGUGGCUUCAAAGGACAGAACUGGGCUCCUUCAUCACAGAAUACUUUCAGGAUCAGCUCUUGAACAAAGGACUGGCACAUAUAUUGGAGAAAAUUCAGCUUCAUGAUGAAAACUGUCUCCAUGCUCUGUCUGAGAUGUGGGGAACAUUUUUCACAGAGAUCCUGCCAACUCUUCAAGCCAUAUUCUAUCCUGUGCAGGGUCAGGAGCUGACUGUGAGACAGAUGGCUCUGCUGGGUUUUAGGGACCAGGUCUUGUUGAAGCUUUCUCUAGAGAACAUGCUACAUACCACAUCAUAUCCUUCUGCCAUAGUACAGAUGCUGCUCAUAUUGCAGGGCAUUCAUGAGCCUAGUGGGCCUAGUAAAGAAUACUAUCUUCUUGAGCGACUAGUGAAUAUGGUGAUUUCACCUUACCUGAGUAACUACCUCCACAAGAGCCACAGAGACUCCUCUUCAGGGUGUCAUUUGGAAAACUCCAGUCUGGAGACUGCACCUCACUUUGGCCAGCCGGAGAUCACCAUCACACACUUUGCUACAGAAUCGUUGCUGACGCCUCUCAUGGAGCAGGAAGGCGAGGCCUAUCUGGAGAGGGUUGGUGGAAUACGGCGCCACACAGUCGCCAACGUUCAUUCAGACAUCCACUUUCUCUCCAUGACAAACAGAACUGAUGGUGGUGAUAAUGGGCAGGUGACAAAAGUAAAGAGAACUGCUUCUCCCAAGCCUUUCUCCCGGCCACUGGUCAUCCUGGACUCUCAUUUGACUAUGACAAAACCACAAAUAUGCCAGAACAGUGCUGAGACGAGCUGAAAACUGUUUGAUGGAUUAUGGAGUAUUGCAUUUGAGCAAAAAACGAUACUGUAUACAGAUACAGACUCAGUGUGAGCACUAAGACGCAGUGCUUGACAAAAGUCUACACAUUGCAGAAUGGACAAUUAAGAAUCAUUACCCCCCCACCACCACCACCAAAAAAAAAACUGUUGUUAUUUCAGGUAUUUAUAUUAAUCACAUUAGUGGAGCCUUUGGGAUUAUCACAGCAGUUAAAGUGCAGAAUGGGCCGAUUUGACUACUUAAAGUAUUCAGCAGCAUUCCACGUCCUCCUAAUCAGCCAGAGGGGCUAUACACGAUCUGUCAAAUUGAUUAUAUCAAUGACUGUGUACUGUUUUUCUGGCCAUCAAUUUACAUAAAUAGUCAUUUAUCACAUGUACACAACUGUGUCUUGUACAAAAUUUUUUUUACCAGUGUUGGAAAAGUACAAGAACAGCUUUAAUGCUCAUUUAGAAACAACAUUAUUAUUCGGUUGAAUGUUUAAAGCAUGAGAAUGAGGAGUUCCUAUAAAUAGCUGAGUCGUGUCCUGUGCUGCGCUCUAAGAGAGGCAUGCUCUUUUUCUGCUGUAGAAGUGGCAAAGCUAUGUGGAAUUUCAGCUCUGCUGAGCUAACACUGUUUACACAGAUGCAGUAUUAGGCAAAAUCUUCCUGAGCUUUCAGCUGUUUGGGAUUAUUGACCCGACUACACUGUGUGACACUUAAUUGUUUUGAGCCAUUUUAGUAUGUAUUGUACACUUUGUUUGUAGUGGAGUUGCUGAUGUUCUGGUCUACAGAGUAAUGUAUUGCAUGGAAUAUUUUAAUUCUAAUUUCAAUUUGAACAAUAUUGUCUUAAUCAAUGUGCAGUGUGGGACACAUUUGUAGUAAUAAAGUGUUAGUUCUCUGUUCUUGGUUAGUCACUAUAUUUCUUUUGAUGCAGUCGUGACUGCAUGUCUGAUGUUCGUGUUUCCUAUCCAGUGGGACACUCACGUGUAGGCUUGUUUCCUUCAGGACUAAAAUCAAGUCUUAAUCAAUGUAGUCUUCCUAGAAUAGAAAAGCAGUUAAGGAGCUUUUGUGGCCUUAUUUGAAUGCUGAUCCUUGCAGAGAAAUGGGGGAGUGUUGUGUGGGAGUGUUGCAGAGUGUGACCCUGCUAAGCAAAGUUGAGGGUUAUACUUAAGAAGACUUUGACCAUGGAUACGUUCUGUGUAUUAAAUAUAGGGAAGUUUUAUUUUUUACUUAUCUUAUGCCAUUCAUAAACG